AUGCAGCAACGAGCAACCUACGGACGCUCCCCUCCCCUCCACCACCCGGUGCCGCAACACGUCUCGACAGUCCCCCAGCUGCGGUCCCCGCCUCCACCAACCUCACAACCCCAAGGCGGCUAUGAUGGCAGCCCGUACCCUCAACAACCACACCAGCAGCAGCAUCAACAGCAACAACAAGGCCCGGUGCCAUCGGCAGGACCCAAUGUAUUUGGACAGUACGGCAACUUCAUCAACGACCCGGCCGCGCAAAUAGCAUCGCAAUUUGGCCAGACAGCGUUCAGGCAGGGGCAAGAAUAUAUUGAACAAAACGUGAACCGCUUCGUCAACGUCUCGGCGCUCAAACACUAUUUUAUUGUCACCAACUCUUACGUAAUAAACAAACUGUUCCUCGUCCUCUUCCCCUGGCGGCACAAGCCAUGGACCAGACGCCAGGCUACGGGGCCCUCGGGGCAGGAGGCCUGGUACCUGCCACCGCGCGAUGACGUCAACAGCCCCGAUAUGUACAUCCCCGUCAUGUCGCUGGUCACAUACAUCUUCCUGCAGGCCCUGAUCUCCGGGUUAAAGGGCCAAUUCCAACCGGAACUAUUCGGGUAUAUUGCGACCACGGCGGUGGUGGCAGUGAUAGUGGAGAUCUUGGGUUUGAAGCUGGGUUGCUACCUACUGAGCAUCUCGAACGAGUCGCAGUUGUUGGACUUGGUGGCGUACUCGGGUUACAAGUUCGUGGGUGUGAUUGUCACCAUCAGCGUGGCUGAGGUUGUUAAUGGCGGGAAGGGAACGGGCGGCUGGAUCGGGUGGUCUGUGUUCAUCUACACCUUCUUGGCAAACUCACUCUUCCUGAUGCGCUCUCUCAAAUACGUUCUCCUACCCGAGAACAACAACGACAACCGGGGUCCAAUGCAGACGAUGCACCCCCUCGACUCACGGGCCAAGAGGAGCCAGCGGACGCAGUUCCUAUUCUUUUACUCCUACGUUGUGCAGCUGUUCUUCAUGUGGAUCCUCUGCCGCUCUUAA